AUGGCACUUGUUGGCAAAUAUGGCAAACCGGAUCUUUUCUUGACCAUGACCUGUAACCCAAAUUGGGCAGAGAUUAAAGCGCAGCUGAAACCACAUGAAGAAGUACAGAAUAGGCCUGACUUGGUUUCCAGAAUUUUCCGGAGCAAAUUCGAAUACCUGCGCAAAGAAGUUAUAAAGAACGAGCUUUUUGGGCCAGUAGCUGCGUACACAUUUGCAGUUGAAUUUCAGAAGAGAGGACUGCCCCAUGUCCACAUGUUGAUAAUAUUAAAGAAGGCCUACAAGUUCAACACAGUUGAAAAGAUUAAUGCUUUCAUUUCGGCAGAGAUCCCAGACAAACGUCAAUAUCCACAUUUAUAUGCAAUGGUCAUCAAGCAUAUGCUCCAUGGACCAUGCGGAGAAUUCAAUCCCCAGAACCCAUGUAUGCAAAAGGAAAAAUGCAAAAACCAUUACCCAAAGAGCUACUCAACAGAAACCAGUUUUUGCCCAGAUGGAUACCCUUUAUACAGAAGACGACCAGAUGGCCAGCAAGUCAAGAUACAUGGCCAUAUGAUGGAUAAUAGAUGGGUGGUCCCCUAUAAUCCUUACCUAUUAGCUAUGUUUGACUGCCAUAUUAAUGUUGAGGUAUGCUCGACUAUCAAGGCAGUGAAAUAUCUUUACAAGUACAUCUACAAGGGGCAUGAUAAGAUCAUCUAUCAGUUAGUUACUGCAGAUCAGACUGAACAAAUUGAUGAGAUACGACAAUUCCAAGAUGCAAGAUGGAUAUCGCCACCAGAGGCAAUGUGGCGAAUCUAUCGUUUUCCUCUAUACGAGAUGCGCCCUGCUGUUAUAAGCUUGCACUUGCAUCUUGAAGGUUGCAACAAGAUCAAUUUUAAAAAGGAUGCCAAUCUGCAGAGCAUAGCAGAUAAUGAAUUCAAAUCCAAGACAAUGCUCACACAAUUUUUUUGGAUGAAUGCUAAUCAUAAAAAAGCAAAGGAACAGAAGCUGCUCUAUGCUAAUUUUCCAGAAGAAUAUGUAUGGGACUACCAAUCAAAAACAUGGCACGAACGCAAACUACAAGAGGUGAUUGGAAGAAUUAUCACAGUAAAUCCAAAAGAAGCUGAGAAAUACUACUUCAGGCUCCUGUUAACUCAUGUUCCAGGUCCUACUUCAUUUGCUUAUGUGAGGACUAUCCAAGGAGUAACAUAUGAUUCAUACAGAGAGGCAGCAGUGGCUCAUGGCCUCCUACAAACAGAUGACAGCAAUGAAAAAUGCAUGCAAGAAGCAUGUACAUAUCGAAUGCCAAUGUCUCUGAGACAGUUGUUUUGCACAAUUCUUGUGUACUGCACACCGGUAAAUCCAGCAGAGUUAUUGUUCAAGUUUGAAGAUGACAUGAUGGAGGACUACAUUUCAGUCCAAAAGUUCACAAAGGAAACUGCACGCCAGCAGCUGCUUGCAGCAUUAAACUCCGAAUUGCAAUCAAUGGGCAAGACUUUGCACGAUUAUCAAUUGUCCUAUCUUCUCACUCCAUCGGCAAAUGACGAAUCAAUUUGUAGGGAACUCCAAGAUGAAAUGAAUCUUCAUAUUUCUGAAGAAGAUAUCCAAAGCUCAGCUCUGCUAAAUACUGAACAGACCAUAGCCUACAACCAAAUCCUCGAUGCAGUUUUCAGUAACAAAUCACAGUGUUUUUUCAUCGACGGACCCGGAGGAACAGGCAAAACAUUCCUUUACCGUGCCAUACUCGCGGCAGUCCGCUCACAGAGAAAAAUUGCCUUGGCAACAGCUAGCUCUGGAGUAGUGGCAUCGAUUUUGCCCAAUGGCCGAACUGCCCACUCCCGUUUCAAAAUCCCAAUACAUGGAGAAGGUAAACUCUGUUGCAAUGUCGGUAAACAAACUGGUUUGGCCACUCUAUUAAGAAAAGCGGUCCUCAUAAUUUGGGAUGAAGCUUCAAUGGCCAAAAAACAGGCAAUUGAAGCAUUGGACAAUCUAUUGCGAGAUAUUACAGACAGUGAUGUUCUCUUUGGAGGAAAAGUGGUGGUUCUUGGAGGUGACUUUAGGCAGGUGCUACCUGUUAUACCAAGAGAGCAGACCCUGCAUUCAGUAGCUACAUUCUUCGCGUCGGCAAUGGCUUAG